AUGGAGACCAAGCCACUAGAAAAAGCAAAACCAAAAUACAGAAAGGGCUUGUGGUCACCUGAAGAAGAUAAUAAGCUCAGAAACCAUAUCCUUAAGCAUGGUCAUGGAUGCUGGAGUUCUGUCCCCAUUAAGGCAGGCUUGCAAAGAAAUGGGAAAAGUUGCAGACUAAGGUGGAUUAACUACCUGAGGCCUGGAUUGAAGAGAGGGGUUUUCAGCAAAAAUGAGGAAGAUACAAUCAUGGCCCUUCACCACAUGUUAGGAAACAAGUGGUCUCAAAUAGCACAGAAUUUGCCCGGAAGGACAGACAAUGAGAUAAAAAAUUACUGGCAUUCAUAUUUGAAGAAGAAAGUGAUGAAAGCAAAGGAAAUGGAAUCUGAUAAACAAAUUCAGCAUGCUAGUUCAAGUUCAGACGCAAUGGACAAUUCACUCUCCCCACAACAACUUUCAACUCAAGAUCCAAGUUAUGCAUUGUUAGGAAGUAUGGACAAAACAACGACACACUCUGAUAACUUUUUCUCACAAAGCUAUGACUUUUCCAAGGAGGCUUCUCAGAGUUCCCUACCAAAACUCUUAUUUUCUGAGUGGCUUUCAGUGGAUCAAGUAAAUGGUGCAGGCUCAGUGAAUUCUGAUGAUUCUUUGGUAUUGGGAAAUGUAUUUGAUCAAAAUUCAUCUUUCCAAGAAGCUAUAAUGCAUAUGUUAGAAGAGAACUUUGGUGAAGAGUUUCAUAAUAGUCUAAUUCACAGUUCAACCUCUGAGAUGUACACUUCACAGCAUAAGCCAUCAGAUCAAGUGGAUGGAAGUGAUUUCAUUCACUGUAUUCCCGGGAAUGAUUUGUGUAGCAAUUUCAGCCUAACCAAUCAAGCUAUGUAA